AUGUUCCUGGCAUCGUCGCAAGCUGGACCGUUCAAUCCAGCGUUGUCACUCAAAAGUCUUAAAGAGGCCAAAAUGAACGAGAUCAAGCAGGAGCAGAAUCAGCGCAAGUCACCUCAGAAGAAAAAGCCCACCCCGAAGGACUAUUCAGACAGCGAUGGCGAUUCUCCGACUGGAAGUGAUGAUGAUGGCGACAUAAUGCCUGAUGGAAAGUCGCAAAAGAUGCGCACUCCCUGGAACAUAAUGAAGUAG